UCCGCUGCUGCUUUUCUACUACCCCAAGUUGGGUCUAGACAAUACCAGUAAGGAUGACGUGUAGGGUUCAAUGUUCCAUGAUCUGACCAUCACCUAGAACACUCUUAUGUCAUCUGCUACAGUUAACAUAAGAAGAAUGACACGGUCCCCGGACUGGUGUGGCUGAUCAACACAGCUUCAUAAGUGGUCAGUUUAAACACUCUUAUCCUCUGUCCCUGGAGAGAAGACCUAUCCUGUGGUGUAAAAAGACAGAGAAUGUUUUCUUAUCCUCAGUAGCGAUUCAGGAGUCUUCCCCUAUUCCAGACAGGCAGACUUGUGCUAGAUUGAAGGUGAUUACAUUUGUCUGACCUUGUGCAGAGCAUUGCAGUCGGGGCAUGUCACCAGGUUCUCAGGUUGAAAAUAUUUUCUCAUCCUAACCUGUCUUCCUUCUCUUUGGAGAACAGGACUAUGUGGCGCCAUGUUACCAGUCUUUGAUGUCUAGAUUUUACAAGGAGCAGAAAAAAGGAGUAAAUGAUGAACAAUCUCUCUAGUGCCACUGAAUUCUGCCUUCUAGGCUUUCCUGGGUCCCAAGAACUACACCACAUUCUUUUUGCCAUAUUCUUUUUCUUCUACUCAGCAACGUUAAUGGGAAACACAGUCAUCAUCGUGAUUGUCUGUGUGGAUAAACGUCUGCGGUCCCCUAUGUAUUUCUUCCUUGGUCAUCUCUCUGCCUUGGAGAUAUUGGUUACAACUAUUAUCGUGCCUGUGAUGCUUUGGGGAUUGAUGCUCCCUGGGAUGCAGACAAUAUCUCUGGUUGCAUGUGUCACCCAGCUCUUCCUGUACCUUGCUGUGGGGACCACAGAGUUCGCAUUACUGGGAGCAAUGGCUGUGGAUCGUUAUGUGGCUGUCUGUAACCCUUUGAGGUACAACAUCAUUAUGAACAGCCACACCUGCAUCUGGGUGGUCAUUGUGUCAUGGGUGUUUGGGUUCUUCUCUGAAAUAUGGCCAGUCUAUGCCACAUUUCAGUUUACCUUCUGCAAGUCAAAUCUGUUAGACCACUUUUUUUGUGAACGCGGGCAACUGCUCAAACUAUCCUGUGGUGACACUCUUUUCACAGAGUUUGUUCUCUUCUUAAUGGCUGUUGUCAUCAUCAUUGGUUCACUGACCCCAACAAUAGUCUCCUACACCUACAUCAUCUCUACCAUCCUCAAGAUCCCCACAGCCUCAGGCCGGAGGAAAGCCUUCUCUACGUGUGCCUCUCACUUCAUCUUUGUUGUGAUUGUCUAUGGCAGUUGCUUGUUCCUCUAUGUGAAACCUAAGCAAACACAGGCUGCUGAGUACAACAAGAUAGUUUCCCUGUUUAUUUCUGUGGUAACCCCUUUCCUGAACCCUUUCAUCUUCACCCUGAGGAAUGACAAAGUCAAAGAGGCCCUUCGGGAUGGUAUGAAACGCUGCUGUCGA